AUGGUUGGUUUUUUUAAAAUAUUAAUUACAUUUUUAUUAAUAACUUCAUAUACAUAUAUUAAUGCUAAACAACAAACUGUUCGAGUAGUUGGAAGAUUAAUUUGUGGAGAUAAACCAUUAGUAAAUGAAAAAGUUAAAUUAUGGAAUGAUAAUACACUAGGAACUGAUGAUCAAUUAGCUUCCGUUAAAACAAAUAGUUCAGGAUAUUAUGAUAUUCAAGGUGGAAUUGGAUCUAUUUUUACUAUGGAUGUUAAACUUAAAUUUUAUACAGAUUGUGAAGAUGGAAUCAAACCUUGUCAACGUAAAAUAGUACUUGGGGUACCUGAUAAAUAUAUUUCUAAAUCAGAUGCAGAAGUUAAAACUUUUGAUGGAGGUGUAAUGAAUUUAGCAUUUAAAUUUCCAGAUGAAUCACGCGAUUGUUUAAAUUAA